UACAUAAGCCUUUGUCCAUUGGAAAGUGUUUUCAUUUGUGCCUCAACAUCUAACUCUGGAACGCUGAGUUUUGGAUCACCGACUCAUUGGGCUGUUCAAGAAGUCGAUGAUGUGACAUGAAUCAUCCCACAGAAGUUGAUACUCUUAUCACUCCUUGGUUUGUUGGAGGGGGGCAGGUGGACUCUACUAAAACACAUUUAUGCUGCUUACUUCAACCUAGCUUCUUUAGAAAAUGCAUUGCUCCAGACGGAAGCGGCUGAGGCUCAGCCGAGUCUUGUUUCUUCUCUCUGGAGUUUUCCUUUGCACCGUCUACCAGCUUACCACGAGUGCCCGAUUGUACGAGCCUUUCCCAUUGCCACAGAUCGGAGAGGAUACAAGAGAAGGUUCAACAGAGGGUGUUGAGGAAACCACAGCAGAACCUGGGGUACUUGAGGAACAAUUCACUGCAACACCUGAGUUAGAGCCCACAGAUCAGACAACAACAGCAACGGGUGUGAUUCGAAGUGCAGAUAAGAAUUUACAUACAACUACAGCAUCCACCACCACUGAAUCACCACUGCCGCCAACCACAAAUCGGACUAUUUUCCGUUGCAUCUAUGUGACCCCUGAACCUCCUGGAGAGACACCCACCCCAGCUCCUGCUCCUCCAGUUAUAACUGUCACUCCAGCUUCGCCUGGCCAAGCUCCACCGGUUAAAGGUGAAUACCCCAAAGAUAUCUUCUCCAUUGAAGAUCGCAGACGAGGAUGGGUGAUUCUCCACAUUUUGGGGAUGACAUAUAUGUUUGUGUCUCUUGCCAUUGUCUGUGAUGAGUUCUUUGUGCCUGCACUGGGUGUGAUCACAGACAAAUUAGCCAUUUCUGAUGACGUAGCUGGAGCCACCUUCAUGGCAGCUGGAGGUUCUGCACCUGAGCUUUUUACCUCAUUGAUUGGAGUCUUCAUCGCCCAUAGCAACGUAGGCAUUGGAACCAUUGUCGGUUCGGCAGUUUUUAACAUUUUGUUUGUCAUUGGAAUGUGUGCUUUGUUUUCUCGAGAGGUUCUCCAUCUAACCUGGUGGCCACUUUUUAGAGAUGUGUCUUUCUACAUACUUGACCUCAUCUUGCUGAUCAUCUUCUUCCUGGACAAUGUCAUUGUGUGGUGGGAGAGCAUGAUGCUGGUGGGAUGUUACUCUCUUUAUGUCAUCUUUAUGAAAUAUAAUGUGCAGCUGGAGCAAACAUUCAAAGCCCAACUCCACAAACACAAGAGCAUCGUGAAGGUUAUUGCUGUGGAGGAACCCCAGAAGACAAAUGGGAACAGUCAAGAUAAUGCCCUUCCUGCUCCAGAGGACAAGAAUCGGUUGAAGUUAAAACCAUCCCUUCAGCGAGGGGGGAGUUCAGCUUCUUUACACAACAGCACCAUGAGAAACACCAUCUUCCAACUUAUGAUUCAUACAUUAGACCCACUAGGAGAGGGGAAAUUCAGAGAUAAAGCUGAAAGUCUGACCAGUGUGGCUAGACGGAAGUCAGAGACCAAACCUCAAGACAAAACUGAAGAUAACGAAUCUAAAAAGGACGAGCCAAAAGAGCCAGAGGCUUCCCCAGACUCAGACACAGAGAAGAAGGAUCAAACAGAAGAAAAGAAGGUACUCUCCAUCCAUGUCCAGGUGGCUUUGAAAAAGCCCAGAAGUCAGUCUUUGAUACCUGUCUAUGACGAUGUGCCAGCAGAACAGAGUGGUUCAGAUGGAUCAGAGGAUUCAGGCAGUGAGGCCGAGGACAGUGACGAUGACAGUGAUGAUUUCAGUGAAGAAGAAGACGAUGAUGAUGAAGAUGAAGAUGAUGAAGAUAAAGAAAAAGAGGACGAACCUUUAUCUUUGCAAUGGCCCGAUACACGACGCAGGCAAGCCACAUACCUGUUGUUGCUGCCAAUUGUCUUCCCUCUGUGGCUCACGGUUCCUGAUGUUCGUAACCAGAAAUCCAGAAAGUUCUUUGUGAUCACGUUCUUGGGAUCUAUCAUGUGGAUUGCCGUCUUCUCCUAUCUUAUGGUGUGGUGGGCUCAUCAGGUAGGAGAGACAAUCGGGAUCUCAGAGGAGAUCAUGGGCCUGACAAUCCUGGCAGCAGGGACCUCCAUUCCUGAUCUUAUAACCAGUGUGAUUGUUGCUCGUAAAGGACUGGGAGACAUGGCGGUUUCCAGUUCUGUGGGCAGCAACAUCUUUGACAUCACUAUGGGUCUCCCAGUCCCGUGGCUCAUGUACUCCUCCAUCCACGGUUUGGCACCAGUUGCCGUCAGCAGCAACGGGCUCUUCUGUGCCAUUGUGCUGCUCUUCCUCAUGCUCCUCUUUGUCAUCAUCUCCAUCGCAGCCUGUAAAUGGAAGAUGAAUAAGGUUUUGGGUUUCACCAUGUUCCUCCUGUACUUCAUCUUCCUGGUGCUCAGCGUAAUGCUGGAAGAUCGAAUCAUUGUUUGCCCCGUUUCCAUCUGAAUGUGGAAACACAAACUUUCUCAGCAGACUGGGACUUGAAGCAGAAAGGUUGACCCUGCACCUCUUCAGAUCGCACGAGUCUGGGACAGAGCUCACCUUAAUACUGAAGUAUUUUUUCUACACACUUUGGCAUUUCUUAAGCAGAGGUUGCAUAUAAAAAUGACAUUUAUUAUGUUUAAUACUGUAUAGUUGCUCCUUUUAGCAAAAAUAUUUGAGCAAUUUCUACUUUAUAAUUUAUAACAAAGUUUAUUUAUAUGGCAGUUUAAAAGCAACAUGCCGACCAAAGUGCUGUAAAGCACUAUAAACGGACCAAUUAAAGCAAGAAAGGAAAAACUUACAAUAAUAGUGUGAGAAACCCACCAAAAGCCAGCAAAUAAAAGUGUUUUCAGCCUGGAUUUAAAGACCAGCACUCAAGAAGACUGUCUAAUACUAGGAAUAAUGGGAAAAUCAGUCUACAGCUUUAGGACCACAACUGAGAAUGCUCAGUCUCAUCUAAGUUUCAGUUGUGAUUUAGCUGGUGACAUAAGACUGAAGGAGACGGACAAAUGUACAGGUGCCAGACAAUUUGAUGAUUUAUUGCAGAUUUUAAAAACAACUGGAAGCCAGAGUAAUAUGUUCA